AUGAAGACCCCCUUCAUUCUCAGCUUACUGUUCAUCACCGCCUCUUCGCAAGGCCUGCUGGAUGGCCUUGGGAAGCUGCUGAACCUCGGCGGAGGCGAUAUGCAAGGCCCUCCGCCACCAGGAAGUCCUGGUCGUCAUCAUCACGGAGGCGGUGAUCAAUGGGGACCUCAAGGAGGCCCUGGGGGUUGGGGACCACCUCCAGGAGGGCCUCCACCCGGCCCUGGCGGCUGGGGAGGGCCGCCACCCGGUCAGUUUGGCGGCCAGCCCGGCGGUGGUUUCGGUGGACCACCUCCUGGUGGUCAAAACCCUGGAGUCUUGAAUAUUAACGGGCUGUUAGGAAAUGUGAUGAACGAAGUUGGAAGAGUGGUCCAGACUGGGCAUUUCGACUUACGCUCGGCUUUACAGCAUAUUACCGAGGGCACUGGAUUGGAGGGGAUUUAUGAGAAGUUAAGUUUGGCCGGAAAGAACUUCUUGGCACCGAAACCUGUGGAACGAGGAAUUCCGCCGCACGUUUUGAGGAGAAUUAUUCGGUUCUGCUCUAGACCUGAGAAUCAAGGACAUCCGAAAUGCCAGUAAGUAAAUCCGCAGUGGAAAAACGCCUGAUAACUGUAAUCUACAUAAAUUUUAGUCGAUUGUUUGCCAAUUUUUUUGGCCAAAGAAAUUUUUUGGGUCUUCAGGAAGACUAGCGCUGAUUAAUUGAUAAAUAACUUGGGAAAUAAUGGGCCAAAUUUUACAAAAGUUAUAUUUUUUAACAAAAAUGUUUCGUGUGUCUAGACACACAAAAGAUUUUCGAUAAAACCCCCUCCGGACAUAUACAAAAACAACUUCUCAAUAAAAUCUUCCUGAUAAACUCAUUUCAGAGGUCAUCCGGAAUGGCAGUCCGAUGACACCUUGCCCGAAGGGCCAGGUCAAUUCAGACUAGACUCAAUUAACGAUGUGUUCGACCUUCUCAACUUCCAGCUGCCCCCGCUUCCGCAGUUGGCGCAGCAAAACAUUUUUGCCAAUGUUCCGGAGAACCUCAAAUCCUUGGCGCCACAGCCGACCCACAAGCUGAACAAUGCGCAGAAACAGUCGAUUUUGAAUAAGUGUGCGGGCGGAAAAUGUUUGAAACAACCGGUCGAUGCGUUGAAUCGAAGAGCGUCGAUUGCUGAACAUGAGGCUUCAAUUCGAAGACUGCUGAGUCCUGGAAGGUGAGCAGAAAGGCAGUGUACUAUACAAUACAGGGGUAGACCUGAUCCAGUAGCAAAAAACGUGCCGUUUUGCAUCCGGGAAUUAUCGAAAAAAUGCAGCAAAAUACAUCCCCCUCCAAGUGAAAAAACUCCGAUUUCAAAAUCCCGCCCGCUCUUUUUGUGAGGGAAAGGGCGCGCUCAAAACGGUGUUUUUUAGUUGGAGUGGGAUGGAUGCAUUUUGAUACAUUUUUGGAUACUUCCCAGACGCAAAAUGAUACGGUUUUUGCCACUGGAUCAGACCGUCGCUGUACACAUUCAUAAUGGAACCAUUUCCAUUAUGAAUGGAAAUGGUUCCAACGUCCCUCUUCGACCUCUCGUACAACAAAACCUGUCUAUAACAAAUAAUUUCAUAGGUUCCAAAGCUAAUUUUUAGAUCAAAAUGAAACUCCUUGCAACAAAAUUUUUCUAUAACAAAACAAACAUUUUUGGUUCUUUACAAUUAGUAAUACAGAGGUUUGGUUUUGUAUUGAGAGAGAGAGAGAGUACUGGAAACAAGGAGGGUCGGCAAGACGAAAAACUUGUUUUUAAACUAUCUUCAUUGAUUUUACUUGAUAAAAAAAAUUAUUUUUUUGAGCGAUAUUGUUCUUAUCACCAAUACAGACCCUAAAAUUCUGAAACAAAAAGUUGACAAAAGUAUCCGCAAAAAUAUUGCGGAUUUGGGCCUUGAAGAGGCAUUUCGCUGCAACAAAUCCACAUUAUUUUGUACAGAGAGAGAGAGAGAGUACUGGAAAUACUGGUACACGUAACUUUUACACUGUUUUUCCAAAAUUCGGAGAAACAAUUUCUCAAUUUUUUGCUUAAAAUAAGCCGUCUUCAAUGUUUAACUCAUUCCAGGUCCCAAUCGGACAUUGACAAGGACAUUGAGACCCGGUUCGCUCGAACUCAUCAACUCAAAAAGGCGAUUAUGCAAAAGUCGGGUCUUGGCAAUGAAGUUGAGCCUCUGAACGACGGAGUCUUCCAAAACGACAUGUUGCUCACCACCGAGCAGGCCGAGGCGAUGAUAAAUGCCGUCAACAACGACGACCCCGGAACCGUGCCAGUUAUGCACAGUGCGGGGAAGCGAAAAAAGCGCUCAUCGCUGUUCUUUGAAGAACAGAUGGUCAAAAAGUGGCCUGGAACUGUUCCCUAUGUCUUCGACAGUAGCUUAAGUGCAUCAGAGCAGGCCACCGUGCAGAGUGCUAUUAGCGAAAUUCAGUCAAAAACUUGCAUCAGAUUCCAAAAAUUGGCAGCCAGACCUAGUGGAGCGCAUAUUUUUUAUGUGAAAUAUGACUCAAAUGCCUUGUAAGUUGUAAAUUUUGCAGUUUGAAUGAGUGUAAAAUACGUGAUGACACACAUGUCACUUUCAGCUGUGGUUUGAGCAACAUUGGACUAAACAACCUUGGAAAUCCCGUUUACUUGACGUUUGCAUGUACUGGAGUGAGUUUUAUAAUAGGUAUCGAUUCCUGUGCCCAUUAUUUUUGCGAAAUUUCGCAAUUUUUGCAGCGACGCGCCUAGGCUGCACAGCGUAAAUUAGCAGGACUUUUGCCGGAGUAAUUCAUUCAAGAUUUAAUAAAAAUUCAAUUUUUUUUCAUAAAUAUAUCGAUUUGGCCUAAAGCCCAAAUUUUCUUUUCCAAAUAUCACUUUAUUCAACUUUUUACGGCAAAAAAAUUUUGUAAAAUACGAAGUCUUUAAUCCUACCUUACAAGGGAAGUACCCCAGGUGCGACGCUCAGAUUUUCUUUAAAUUUUGCACAAACCCGCUUUGCGAGCGCCGCUGAGAAUUUGGAAUCCAAAAAAAAUCAAGAACGACCUUUGCAGCCGAGAGAGUACGCCUAACGCGGAGAGCGUUUAGAGAGAAAAACACUUUUUGAUCAUAACUUUGCUAGUUUCGUGCGGAAAAAAAUGAUUUUUUGUGGAAACAUUACUCUCUAUAGUGGAAAUAGGCAUAAAACUUUUCGCGCUGAAAUUCGGCAAAAAAAAUAAAAAUUUUCGCCGACUUUCGAUCUAAAAAUCUCGGUUGUUUCUGCAAACCGCGAGCUAGGAGUCUCGCAUAUAUUUUAAAAAAAUAUAUUCUAAAUUUGUGCCAAGUUUCAUCAAAACCUGAGCGUCGCACUUGGGGUACUUCCCCUGUAAACUAAACACUUUCUAUUUUCCCCUAAAAACCCCACUUUUUCAGCAAAACGCCAAAGGCGUUGCCAUCCACGAGACUCUUCAUGCUCUCGGCUUGGCUCACGAGCAUGUCCGCUCCGACCGAGAUGACCACAUUACCGUCAAUUGGGACAAUGUGGACCCCCAGAACUAUCAAUUCUUCGGAGUUAAUGAUGCCAAAUUGUUCUCCAGUUACGGAGUUACGUAUGACUACGGAUCAAUUAUGCAUUAUGCAAACACUAUCGCGGGAAAGCAAUAUGGCGCUAUCACAAUGACUGCGCUCAGGGACAACGGCCGAAAUGGGCCGUUGAUGGGACAGAGAAACGGGCUGAGUCAACGGGACGUCGAGGUUUUGAAUAAAAUGUAUUGUAAACCAGCGAGUAAGUCGAAUUUUUUAACGACUCUAAGCACAGGGUGGUUCAGCCGGAGCUUUCAACCUUAUUUUAAGUAUUUCUCCGCUAAUAAUGCACCAAUUUCUAUACGAUUUAUAUCAAAUUGAAGCUGAGGCACCUCGUUUUUUCUUUAUCGAAUAUGAAGGGCGCAAGUUCACGGAGACCCCCGUACUGACCUUUGACAUUUUCACUCCAAAUUUCGAGCCCAAAAUCGUUGAAAUUUGCGAGGGAAAGGUCUGAACUUCCCCCCAGCGUUCGGGAGAAUGACUAGUACAGGUCGAUAGAGCAGGUCGACUUUGGUAUAAAAAGGCAUUUUCCAGCUGAAAAAUAAGUACGGCCGACGAAAUAAUGAAAAAAAAUCACUGGACGCAACUUUUGGUCGAUUUUUCGUCGACCGUAUUUAUUUUGCAGCUGGAAAAUGCCUUUUUUACCCAAGUCGACCUGCUCUAUCCACCUGUACUAGACAUUUUCCCGAACGCUGGGGAAAGUUCAGACCAUUCCCUCGCAAGUUUCAACGAUUUUGGGCUCGAAAUUUGGAGUGAAAAUGUCAAAGGUCAGUACGGGGGUCUCCGUGAACUUGCGCCCUUCAUAUUCGAUAAAGAAAAAACGAGGUGCCUCAGCUUCAAUUUGAUAUAAAUCGUAUAGAAAUUGGUGCAUUAUUAGCGGAGAAAUACUUAAAAUAAGGUUGGAAGCUCCGACUGAACUGCCCUGUAAAUAUCCUUUAAACGGUCUAAUAGCCAUUUGCAAUAGUCUUCGUCAAAAUCAAAGCUCAAAAUUCAUUCAGUUUAUCAAUUUUACCUAGUAUAAUAUAAUUUCAAAAAAAUUUCAGCCUGUAAAGACGACAACGUUUACUGUGGAAUCUGGGCCAACCGCGGAAAAUGCAGCAACGCUCCGACUGCUUGGAUCUUCCAACAUUGCAAAAAAUCGUGCAAUUAUUGCUAA